CGCACAAAGGAACAUAAGGCAAUGCUCUCGUAACAGAUUUUAUGAAUUUUUAACGAAAGGACUACUCCAGGAGAUAGAUGAAGCUGGACGUCUCAGUGCAAAUUUGACUCUGCUUGCCAAAUGAACAAAAAUUUAAGCAGAGAAUCUUAAUCGAUGAUUCUGAUUUAAGUGUCCAAUCUCACACUUACUUUAAAAUUCACCACAGUAAAAAGUCGCACAGAAAUACGGAUGCUAACAAAAAGCAAUCGCCACUCUGCUGCGUGGUUCUGAAAUCGAAUAAGCAAAAAAGCUUGGAGGCACCCUAGCACCAGACAAUGUUAAUGGCACGAAGCACGAAGAAGUUGAAAGCUCUGAGAGGGCUUAAGUUAAGUGCAUGCGCAUUGACCCGAAAAUGCCAGCAUAUGAAACAACAACAUAUGCACAUCAAUAAGCCUGCAUAGCUACAUAGUCACGGUGGUUCAUAAAUCAAAUUAAACCCGAAUAAAUUUUCAAAACCUUAGAAAAUAAAUACUUUUUCCUAAAAUAAUUUUAAUUUCAUAGAAACCAAGUUUUGCUUUUACAAAUAAGUUCUGGCUGAUUCUGUUAUGAUAUGACAAACUGUUUUGUAGGCUGUUUUUUUUUCAUUUAUUAAAUACUAAAUAUGGAAUAUGUUUUUAGUUUCUGUGUACGUAAAAGCGUAUGAAAAAAGCGAAUUGCAAGAACUGUGAACCACUGUGCGGUUGGGCACUAGAGCAAGUGCAAGGUGGGACUUGCAUGAAUUUACUUGCGACAUGUUAUGAAUUAAUUCUUAUCAAUGACGUACGUAGCCAAGUUUUGGGUGAACAAACAGCUGGUGGAGGGAUAUUUGGAAAAAGCUAAGCUCGCACACCAUUGCAAGCGUUCUGAACGCCUUCGUUGGCUACGCCGAAAAGAUAAAUGCGAGCAUAUGCACAAACGCACAACGACGAAAAGGAUUUUUACGCCCGCAUUGGCACAAAACGAGGCCAAUUCAAUAAAAAUUGUUGCGCCAUCAGCAACGGCAGCAGUUCAUUGAGAGCUCUAGAGCAGUCAACAACGCCUAUUCAAGGAGACCAGUGAUCGAAACCGCUACAGCAAACGCCUUCAUAUAAUCACAUCAAAAACAAGUGCAAAAUUUGAUAAACUUGUGAUUGUUACACUCGAAGCCAAUAUAAGUUUGCUAUUAUUUUAUUAAAAAAUAGUGGUUUUGCGCAACAACAAUAAAAGAACGAUUAGCAAGCAAAUUAACAUGAGCUGCGCUAAGUGUUCGAACCGUUAUUUAGUUUUGGUAUGCGUACUUGGAGUUUUGGUGACCACCGCUGCGGCUGUGCCAACAUCUGUGCUGGUCCAGAACUCCGAAGUUACAUCCAAUAUCAAUGCAGCCAAUAAUAAUCACAAUCUGAUGACGAAAGUGAAACGUUCUUCUAAUAACGCAAAUGAAAUGAUGCCCAAAAAAGCUUCGAUCGAGGCAUCUGCUACAUCUGGCAAUAAAAAAUCCAGCCCUGAAGUUCUUCCGCCAGCCUUUAAUAUGCCUGCCACACAGCAAUCAGCCGGCAAUAAUUUGGCAAAUGGUAACAAAGUGAGUGGCGAUAGCAACUCUAACUACAUUUCGGAUGCUCAGGCAACUGGUGUUCUGUCUAUGCCAUCGAACGAAGACAUUAUUAAUUCGGCUAUUGCUGCUGGUCUUACCGCUGCGGCAGUAGAAGCGGCCGCUACGGCAAGCCAACGCGAGUCGGAACCUCAACAGCAUUUAAAUCCACAGGCUGAUGAAGAAGCACCCACACUCUUGCAUAAGCGCGGAAUUUCGACUCCGCAGUACCUCUACGGUGGAAUGGGUGUGGGAGGGGCUUAUGGAUAUGGCAAUGUGAAUGACAAUAGUUAUGGCACCGGAAGCGGUAAUGGUAACAGUAUCUAUGGCGGUGGUGAAUACUACAAUAAUCCAUACCUGAGUAAUCCGUUGGCAGUUGGUGGUGAGCACUUGGCUGCGGUGCCAGCUAGCGUUUGGACCGAUGAAACGGAUCCAUCAGUUGUCUACACCGAUAUUAAGGAUGACGACUUCUUGCCCGCACCACGAGUAUCUUCCUAUCGCAGCAAGGCUUACGAUAAUUUACAAAACAUUCUCAAUGCUGAGGCGUAUCCAGAAUCAAUGGCAUUGCCACUGCCGCAAACUCAACACACGAGCCACUAUUAUGGCGCCUUCAAUGGUAAUAAGCGUUCGAACAGAUACGACAACAACAAUUAUGGUGGCAGUAGCGGCAGCAGCCGUUUCGCCGAUAUGCGACUGAAACGCGAUACUAAACUAACUCCAGCUGAUAUGCUAGCUCUGGUUGCGCUGGUAGAGGCAGGGGAACGUUCACGGAAAGACACCGACACCGAGACCAGUAACAGUUACAUGUACCCGUCGCCUGGAAUGGGGGAUGCUCCGGAAACCUAUAGCAACUACAACGGCAUAAAAACCUACUAUCCAACUGCGGCAAAUAUGUACGACUAUCCCGGAAAUGUGGACGAAUUGGACGACAAUGCCGGUACGUGGAUAGAACCAAACAUGGUGGACUACUACGGUGUACCAAUGAAUAUGGCAACAAUACCCAAAUAUGAGCUCCCACCAGAACGCAUUGGUGGUGGCAAUGGAAAUCGUUAUGACCUCAAACGUUUUAUGGUGGCCAAGAAGAAGCGUUCGAUGGGCACCUUCCUUAAUGAACCGGUUUUCAAGCCAAGCAUCAGCUACAAGGUCAAUGGCGAAAAGUUCUAUUAAAAUGUUUGUGCAACUCUUGCUUUUCCCUCGUUGGCAGAGCUCAUCAUUAUGAAAUAGACUAAUUAAAGCUCAAAAAUAUGUCAAAUUAUGAAGAGGUUACUGGAGCGAAAAAUAUAAUAUUUACAUAUGUACAAGAAAACCAACAAAUAUCACAUUAAAUACGAAAUAAGUAAAUAAUGAAAAACUGCUGAAAUCAAAAUGGUUUUUAAAUUUAUCAAAAUCACUUCCAACAAAAAAAUUAAUUUAUACUUGACAUCACAAUGUUUUAAGCAAAGUGGAAUAAGUAUUUGGCGUACGCUUAUUUGACAACAUGAAACUUAAUUUUUUUAUGUAAAUUAACAAGUUUGUUUUUUCUGUUAAAGACGUUCAUAUCAAAACCCACUUGCUUUACAUACGUGUGUAUGUAUUAGUGCUGUAAAAUAGAGUCGAACAAUCCAUUGACACUCAAAGUUAUAGUUAUUUCAAAUAAUUGCAUUUUUCGUUUUCAAAUUUAACUAUGUUUCAAUGAAGAUUGCAUUUUUUGAUUGAGAGAAGUAAAAAAACGUUAAGCCAAAUUAAAUGGCAUAUACUUACUUCACUUUGUUUAAUACGCGUACGAUAAACUUAUAAUGAAAAUGAAAAAGUGCUUAAAUCGUAACAUUAGCUUAAAUUGGUAUAAGAACGCUACGAUGAUCUGCUUAUUGAAAAGUGUACCGAAGCAAAACAUGAAUCUCAGUUGGAGUAAUAACUUAGCAUGAUUGCAUUAACUGCUUUCUAAAUGGAAACAAAUUAAUAUGUCGAUAUAAUCACUUCUUCUAGGUCAUACAGUAGUCUGGAGCAACAAGCUGCUAGAUAUGAAAAAUCUAAAAAUAUUUUCAAGGAAGAUUUUCUCUCCUGUUAGGGGAAUCGGUUAGAGUUUUAUUUUCGGCUAUAGCUCAUGAAAUUUGAAUUAUGAAAUACUAUUUUUUAUUACACGAAGAUUUUAUGGAAGUCAAUAUUUUUCGUUUCUAAUUUAUAAAAAUAUAUUUUAAACUUGAAAAUAUUUUUCUAUAAAUUCAGAUACGAGCACUUUUUCCUUUUCAUUACAGAAAUAUUGAACCCUAUAAAUAUUGAGCAAAACUAAUCUGAAGUAUUUAAUACGGAUUCUAAUUUCUAAAUGAGAAGUUUUGUUUAAUCCAAUAAACUUUGAGACAGAAUGCGGUGCGUGCACAUACGAGUGUAUACAUAUGUUUUAUAAGCAUUUAACUACUACUCUCAAAGCAGGAUCUAUUUUAGAAACCACAAAAUUAUCAAUUAUGAACUACACACAUACUUAUACAUAAAUAAUUUAAUGUUGAAAAAUAAUAUUGUAGUUAUUUGAAAUGAGGUACGUAUACAUAAAUAAUUACAUACACAUGGGAAAUAUUCCAGAUGUUUACCUUCGGGUAAAAUAAGGAAUCAUUUGCGGGGUGCAUUUGUCCGAGUUACAUGGUUUCCCUUUUAAACCACUUGGUAAAACUGCAACUUCUCUAAAUCUUUAAUCCAUGAAAUUCGGUCCAAUUGUUAUUAAAAAUGCUGCAAAUAAAUACAAGCGCACAUUUGCAAAUAUAAAUACAAAUAACAGAUGAAAGCCCACGCCGCCAAGUUAUUUUACUUCAAUGAUAAUUCAAUUCCUUCAUGCACAUGCGUGUUGGUGUACAUGUACUUGCAUAUGCAUGUACAUACAAAAUACAAGUACGAAUUUACUAACAUACCUAUGUACCGAAAUCAUGGACGGUAUUUACAUUAUCCCAAAUAUUAAACGUAAUAUAUUUGUUUAAAAACCUAAUUGUGUUAAUGUAAAUAUAUAAAAAUUAUAUAUAUGUAUAUGUAUGCAUAUGAAAAUAUAUGUAAAAUCAUUAAAUUUGUAGACAUUAAAUAAUCAGCAGGCAGUAAAUGGCUCAGAGCACAUUUGAAACAUAAAUGAAUUUAAAAUUAAAUAAAAAAGUAAAUAAACAUACUAGUAGCAUAAAUCUAGAGAAAAUAUAUGCAAAGGAAAGUGUUUGCAUAUGGUGCUUAAAAGAAAGCGUAUAUAAUUGACCAAUUUAUGUAAAAUUCCCUUACUAUGAAUGUAAUAAUAUUCUGUAUAAAAAUAUGGCAUCAGUGCAAUCAAUUGAAAUUUUGUCUAACAAUACUUAAGUACACUCUUUAAUAAUAUUAUUAUAUGUACAUAUAUACAUAAUUUAAGAACAAAAUUCCUUAAGUCUUUUCCAAUCCAUUAAUUACAAAAAAAUUAUUUGUUGUAUGGCUGUUUUAAAAAGUAUUGUUUGGUAAAGAUAUACUGUACUUCCAUAUCUUGACUAUUUGUACUUUUGUAAAAUAUGUAUCCAAACUAUAGCGACUUUUAAGCUUUACUUCAAAUUUUUUU